CGUCGGUGCGGGAUGCUGAAGGGAUCACCGAAAAGCAGACCAGGUUUUUGCAUCGGUCUUCCUGGGAGGUUUCAGCCUCGGCAGUGUUUUUAAAGCCUUGUCAGACAGAGCCACCCGAGUAUUGUUUCUUACUUAAUGCUUGAUAUCGAAGUCUGGGCAUUUGGAGCAUUAUUGAUUUGACCUCUUUUAAAUUUCAGCAGCUUCACAAGAGGCAGAGUGAGUUAGUAAGGAAUGCAAAAUAUACCCUUCGCAGGUGCUACAGCCGCGUGAAGGAGCACGGCGUUGGGAAGAGGAAAAGCAGCUACACGUUCGAGCAGCUGGAGCAGGUUUUUGGGCAGGGAGGAUGGGACUCCCAGCCCUGCCAGCCCGUCCUCAUCAACAGCAGCGGCUUGUACCAGGAGCUGGAGUAGGAAGGCAGCACAAUGGAGGAGUAUUCGCAGGAGGACUGGGGAAACCACAGUCAGGAUCUGCAUUGCUACCAGACCGGCGAACAGGAAUUGGAUGAAAUGCCUACCACGAAAAGGACAUUAAAGAUAAAACAGGAAUCUUCAGAAGACACGCAGAAGCGCGACGUCAUGCAGAACAUCAUGCAGAUCUUGGAGUCGGUCCAGUUGAAGUGGGAGCUGUUCCAGAGCUGGACGGACUUCUCCCGGCUACACCUUUCUAACAAACUGGCCAUUUUCGGCAUCGGGUACAACACCCGCUGGAAGGAGGAUAUUCGUUACCACUACGCGGAGAUCAGCUCGCAGGUACCCCUGGGCAAGCGGCUGCGGGAAUAUUUCAACUCGGAAAAGCCGGAGGGUCGGGUGAUCAUGACCAGAGUGCAGAAAAUGAACUGGAAAAACGUUUAUUACAAAUUCCUGGAGAUCACCAUCAGCGAGGCCAGGUGCCUGGAGCUGCACAUGGAGAUCGACUGGAUCCCCAUCGCUCACUCCAAGCCCACCGGAGGAAACGUCGUUCAGUAUUUAUUACCGGGCGGGAUCCCCAAAAGCCCCGGCUUGUACGCCAUCGGAUACGAAGAGUGCCACGAGAAGCCCCCCUCCCCUCUCGCCGAGCACCGGGGGCCCGAUUCCGGCAAUGAGACUCAAGGGGAGCUGGAGGUCCCCUCGCCGCAAGCCGCCCUCCGGGUGGACAUGGAAUCCGCCCGGAUUAUCUACUGUUACCUCGGCAUCGCCGAGGUCCGGACUCUCCAGCAGUGCCUGUUUUUACACUUUCAGGCAAACACCAAAACCUUCAGCAAAGAUUGGGUCGGGAUCAACGCCUUUUUAUCUCAGAACUGCGUCGUAGAGCCCGGCGUGUCGCCCAAAUCCAUCUACAUCAAAUUUGUGGAAGUGGAGAGGGAUUUUCUUUCCGCCGGCUCUUUGGUAGAGUGCCUGGAAAAAGCCAUCGGAUACCCCUUAAAGUUUAACAACUGAGUCUCAUCCUUCAUAAGGAUUAGGGCUUUCCGCCCCUUUUUUUUCCAUCUCGCUACCAGACGCUUUCGGAUCCCGUCCGUUCGCAGCCGGACUUUUCCGCCUGGAGACGAGGUUUGGGGAGAUGAGAGGCUUGGGGGCGCUUUCCACGAGCUCGCCCCCAGCCGGCGAGCGUGUCCCGGCUCUCUUGCCGGCCGGUUUUCCUCCCGGAGCGGC